AUGCCGGCUCCUGUUGGGCUGUUGACGCGCGGCGGGCCCCUCCCCCAGGCCCUGGCCUCCAGAUCGUUGCUGAGCCGCGUGAUCGGCGCCCAGGGCCGCAUCUUUAGCCGAGGCGCUCGUCGGGAUCUGUGGUGCCUGAUGAGCGGCCAGGCGGCCGGCAUGAUCUGCGGGGACACCUUCUUUCUGGACCCGUUCGCGGAGCGGCAGUGGGACGAUCCAAAGUACCAGGGCACCAGGAUAGACUUCGACAGGGCGGAGUUUGUGAGGCGAGUGCACGAAGAACACAAGGCUGGUGCCCGUCUGCACGAUGGCUAUGCCCCAUUCUGCAAGCACAUAUUUGUGAAGAACUUUGUUGGCGCAAAGGCAGGCGCGAUGGCCAUCACAAAAGAGAAUAGGGGUCUAUUGCUGUCUGGCUACACGAAGAGACGGCCAGAGGAGCUCGCUGUGCUCACACGGUGGUUUCCUUCUGAGGCUGUCGCACGUCCAGAGGCUGCAUACCUGGAUGUCAUUCUCUACUCCAGGGAGCAAGUCCUCAAGGAGCACUCUACCCUGGAAGGCGCUGGGCCCCUGCCAGAUGUGCCUGAUGUGCCAUGGGGCAUCAUCUCCAUCAAGGCCCAGAUGGAAGAUCAUGAGACGCCUAUGCAGCCCAUCACAAUGAUGCGCAACUCGUUGGGCAUGGAGCAGGGGGGCAGCGGUGUGCCACUGGACCGCGACGCCUACCAGAAGUCGGUCGAGUACUGGGAGCAGCACGCAACCAUACUGUGA